AUGACAUAUAUCCCAUACUUGAUAGUUAUUGCAUCUUACAUCAUCUAUAAACUACUCCAUCGUGUACAACUCCACCAACGUGCAAUAAAAUUAGGAUGUAAACCAGUUAAACAUAUCCCACCACGUAAUUUGUUAGACAGACUUGGAAUUUAUGAGAUUGUUCAUCGUAAAAAGCUCAUGCAUCUGGGCACAACAUUUGAGAUGUUGGAGGAAGCAUUUGAUAGAGCUCAAGUCAAGACAUUUGAAGGCACAGCAUUAUUCAGCUCAUUUAUAAUGACUAUUGAACCGGAAAACUUGCGUCAUAUGAUGUCACUGGCCCAUUUCAAUGAAUGGAAUAUUGGAUACCGACCACAGGCAUUCGGUAUCUUGUUGGGAGAUGGGAUCUUUUCAAGUGAAGGAACUCAAUGGAAACAUUCACGAGUCAUGUUGCGUCCUUCAUUCACCAAGGAAAAUAUCAAACAAAUCACCAAGAUGGAACCAUUUGCAGCCAGAGUUAUCGACUUGAUUAAACAGAAACUGGGACAAGCCAUUGACAUGCAAGAUGUGUUUCAGUUCUUUACCAUGGAUUUCACAACUGAUUUAUUAUUGGGUGAAAGCAGUGAUUCAUUAAAAGAUGCAUUGGGACAACAUUCAUCCACGGGGAUUGAUCCCGAAUUGAAACGACAAUUUAGUAUAGCAUUUGAUGAAUCGUCAAAUUAUCUCAUGACGAGAAUGAUUUUAGGACCAUUGAUGUUUUUAGUUAAUCCAAAAACACUACAAGAUGCCAUCAAAAUCCAACAUAAAUUCGUUGACUACUAUAUUGAAAAAGCCCUUGCCAUGACUAGCCACGAAUUGAAUGAAAAAUCCGACGAUGGAACAAUUUUCCUUUAUCAAUUGGCUCAUGAAACGAAAGAUCCCAUCAACUUGCGCAAUCAAAUCUUGAGUAUCAUCUUGGCCGGUAGAAACACAACAUCGGGGUUGAUGACAUUUUUGUUUGCUCAAUUGAGUAAAAACCCCGAGAUUUAUUGCAAAUUGCGUGACAUUAUUCGUCAAGAUUUCCCCAAUGUUGAAUCCAUCACAUUUGAUUCAAUACAAAAUUGUGAUUACUUACGCUGGUGUAUAAAUGAAACGUUAAGGAUAAACCCGUCGGUGCCAUUUGAAUCAAAGACUGCUUCAGUUGAUACUACGUUGCCACGUGGAGGUGGUGUUGAUGAAAAGGCACCAAUUUUCAUUGCAAAGGGAACAAGAAUCGUUUAUCCAUUAUGGGUAGCAAAUAGAAAUGAGGAACACUUUGGUGAAAAUACGGGAGAGUUUAUCCCUGAACGAUGGGAGCAGUUGCCACGUAGUGGUGGGAUUGCAUUUAUGCCAUUUAGCGUUGGCCCUAGAGCUUGUCUUGGUCAAUCUUUGGCACUAACUGAAGCGGCAUACAUUACCAUCCGAUUGUUGCAAACGUUUGAUUCUUGUGAAUCACAUCUUGGUCCGGAACCAUUGAGAAAGACAUCGUCGGCUACAAUGAGAUUGAUGGAUGGGUGUGAGCUCAGCUUCAAGUGA